GUGGAAAUUUGCAACGGGAAUUUCGGGAGAUUGUGAACAUUGAUGUGGGAUUGCUGUCCAUAGUUGAUUCUCAUUGCGAUAAUUUUCCGUACUAUUACGUACGUGUAUGUUUAUUGUUUAAUCAUGGUUUUUUUAAUAAUAGCAAGGGUAGAACUUUGGCCAUAUUCAUGGGGGCAUAUUAAAUUACAACGAAUUAAAGCGGAUUUCAUUUAGUGCUAUUCCGCCAUGCCAUUUUCCCAUUUGCCGGUCUUUGUGUAACCCCCAUCCCCUAUUAGUAGAAGAAUAAAAUAACACAGUCAAAAUUAAACUGCUAAAAUGUAAAAAGCAAUAAUGAACUAAUAUUGUAACAAACAUUUACCAUAAGGUGGUUUCUACAUUGAUAUGUUGGCAAAGAUGUUUCCACAAUUUCUGUUGAAAUAUUUCGAUUUCGAAGCAACUAAGAGUUUUCAGGCAAUAUAAUGCAGCCCAACAAAACAUGGAUAUUACAUUUUUGGCGUGUCUUUCCUUAGACUUAAGAACCUUGGAACGAACCAGCGCUGUUUUUUUGUAACUCAUCACAUCUUGUUAUGUCAUUACCUUCGCCCCUUCUUCCUCUUCUCUGCUUUCCCUAUGUGUCACCUAUUCUACUGAGGGCCAAUUACCAUUUUGAUUGAUCAUUUUGGCCAAGUUCUAUUUGUCUCGAGUAAUGAACGCGACCGUCGACGCCCUGUUUAAUCUAGUUGCAAUACCACUUGCCUUCCAUGAACGUACGUCUUUUAAAAUCCUUUAAAAUUAAUUCAAAUUUAUGGCUUAAAAGUCUGCGUCUCCAUCAUGAUUGAGUUGAAUAGCAGCAAUCGCUCACGAAGCAGACAUCGCUUUCAUUUGAAUUUCUCCGUAUUUUUUUUUACUUGGUGAGAAAACGACACCUAGUUGACGUCGCGAGUUGACUGUACACUACAGUUGCUAGAAAUAUAUAUAUCCAUAACCAAUGCUGUAUGCUCGGUUGUUGAAUAUUGAUCAUGAACGAUUGGUUUUGCAUCGGAACACAAGCUCUAUUGUGUGAGAGAGUCAGCUCAAGAUGGCGUGCUGCCGACUCCAACGAAGGGAAAAUCUAUUGGAUCCCCUCUCAUAUUCUGACAUGGAACGAAGGAACAGAAGAGGAUGAAGUUGCUGGCGAUCUCCAGCUGAGACACUUUCAAUCAAUGGUCCAAGGAAACCUCCUCCUUUUUCCUUCAAGUCUCUUUUCUUUUCUCCGUAUGUUUCUAUACGCAAGUCUAUAAGCCACCCCAGCGCUGAACUGAACAGAGGAAAGAAAAGCAAUAAAAAAUAUCCUUCACGUCACAGACAAGAAGGGGGGAAGAUGGGGGAUAUUGAAAGUUUUUUUUGGAAAAGGAAACAAGAAAAAAUAGAGAACUGGAGAAUGUAUUUAAUUGAAAUACUUUCCAACAUAUUUUGUUUUUUUGGCGGUUCCUCUAUCAUACUUCAGUCCCCAAGGGCCAAAAAAUCCCGAAAGAAACGAUCGAAUGUCAGUAGUAUGACCGACCUCGCCAUAUAAAAGAAAGACGACGACAACGUGAUUGAAUAAACAACUUGUUUGGAUUGAGCUGACAAGAUAUCAGGGCCGAUGUAUCUAUUGGCCGAGUAAUACUGAAUACGUAAGAUAUCUGUCAAUCUGUCUAUAGACGAAAUCGGGAAACAAGAGCUCACUCAGAGAGACAGAAAGAGAGAGAAAUUGACGACAAUGGCCUUAUGCGCACAUGGUGUGCGUGCUGAUGAGAGAAAGGAGAUGUUUUCCUUGUGUAGCACCAGCAGCAGCAAGCCGUGUAGUGUCUAGUCGACAUAAGAGUUGAAAGUAGAGGCUAGAAAAGAAAGAAAGAAAGAGAGAGAGAGAGAGAAAGAGAGGUUACCGGCUGCGAAUAAUAAUGAGACGGAAUGUGUAGCCUGGAAUUCAUCUGGAACUGCCAUUGGAAACAGUUGUUUCUUCUUUUCCUUCUAUUCUUAAACGAAACGGAAAAAUUGGAACACCCUUAAACGAAAGAAACCCAAGGUGGAAGAGAAGAAACCGAUACAUUUCUCUUGUCUCUUUUCUCUUUUUCUCUUCUUCUGCGUCUCUGCUGUCGUUCAGUUUCCACUGCUUCACUUACACGCUCAAUUUAUCAAGUCCUCGUCCUUGAAAGGAUUCGAACCAACCUUGAAAGUGAUUGUUCGCUGCAUCCCGUUUUCCAAAUCCGUCUUCCUUUUAAAAGAAAAGAGAACAAAUGUCGAUUGCUCACUUGUUCUGUUUUGCUCCGCAUCUCCUUCGUCGCUGUGGCUUUAUUAUCGUGCAAAAUGAUGAAAUUCUUGAUCUGGCGAGGUUAUAUAAGAAACUACGAAUUUCUCUGAUUCGUUCGUUGGCCGCAUCUGCCAGUAAUUCUUAUUGUGACAUAGCCUAGGAGAUUUUAAUCAACAAUUUCAUUUCGUUUAAAUUCGAGGAAUUUAUUAAGAAAAAAGAAUGGAAGAAUAAAACUUUUUUAAAAAGCAAGGGAAAUUGAGUUUGGCGACGGGUUGAUUGAAAUUGCAGACGCCCGAUAUAAAAGAUGUAGAUCAAAAUAUGUGGAUCGAGCCAAACAUCAGAUCUGCCGAUGAGAUUUCGGAACUGGUUCAACCGGUAUUCUAAAUAGAAUCUAACAACUAUCUAAAAAUCAUCCGUUCCACUAAAUCUUGAUUCUAGCACUGUUUUUCCAGCUUAUGGUAUGGGGCUUAUUUCCUGGCGUGCAUCUAUUUAGCGAAAUCCUCCAAAGCGAUGCCACAUGCGCUAUUUUGCAUGUGCUAGGACUAAGAAAUAAACAGCUGUCAUUCACUCUAGAUUCGUAAACCUCGGUUCUCAAACAUAUAGGUGUAGCGUUUCACACCAAGACUGUAAAAACAUCCUCCGGGAAUUUGGAUUCAAUUAGAAUCCCCUAUACAUUUAGACGGGCAGAUGGCCAUUUCUGUAUUCAAACUUCUUUCUCUGAGAUGGCGGACGAUGAUGAUCGUAUACAUAAGGUCAUAUGACUUCAAAAGAGGUCAUCUGAAUAGGACGUGACACUCACUUGAGCAUGUGUAUAGGACGAGUGGUUUUUGGUCCAUCUUUUCUGACCCCAUUGGCUAUUGUGUGUCCGCAUCGCGUCAUAUGGGCGUUGCUUAUGUGCGACAAAAAUAUUCACCUCCCACCUACUUUUUAUGGUUAUUAUGAUGAUUCUCUCUUUUCUUUUUUAUCUUCUUUUUUAUUUUGUUAUUUUUUUAUUCUUUUUUCCCCGCUAUUGUCAUCAUUGUUGGCUCGCUCUCCCUCCCCAUACGUCACCCAGCCAGCCAGCGCGCACAAUGCAUCAAACCGUUAUAUCGUUUGAUUGUAGUGUAGCCAUCGUUUCGAUUGUAUAAGCUCUCCGAUCUCUCUUUUUUUUUCCCUAUAGAUCCUCUUUCUUUUAUUCUUCGUCCUUUUAUCGGAUUUUAUAUUUUCUGUCGAAUUGAAAACGAAUUAUUCUUCGAACCUGUUCCAAUUUUAUUGAUUGUGCUGCGCUCACAAUACGGAGUCACAGGAGAGCGAGCGCCAUCCGAUAUUGAAGCUACCACCAGGGCAUUAGAGGAGAUAGGGAGCUCAGAUACUUGAUGAAUCACCCGAUGCGAUUGUAGCCGGAGGACCACCGAUUCCACGAGCUCAGGUGACAAUAUGAAUUGAAUCGUGAUGAGAUCUAUUGACGCCUUGAAAAAAAAAAAAAAAAACUAAAGAAACAAAAACAAACAUUUCCUCUAAUUAAGAGAUGGCGCUGUUCAUCAACCGGUUUUUUUCCUUUUUAUUUUCUCGUUGUGUCGAUGGUUAUAACCCGCUGCAGUUUCACGAUGCCAAGCUAGGUCCUAUACGAGAACGGGGCAGCAGUCGAUUUAGUAUUUCGUCUUCUUCCGUGUUUUCUAAAACCAGGGAGGAACCCCGUGAGCGCACGGUCACGACAGUUUGGAAUGCAGCCGGACUUGCUUUUUGAUCUUAGAACUCGUUUCAGGUAGUUGCACGCUUCUAAAUCUACGCAUAUAGACAGAAAGCUCGUUGUGUCACAUUGUGUGUGUUGCUAUAAACACACAUAUCUACGCGUUUCUCUUCUUCUAUUUCUUGUGUGCGUUUGUUUACUUGUGGUUUCCACACUUGGUGUCACAUACACAAAAUCAGCCAACUAGAAGAGAAAAGGACCAGAAAAACACUCACAAAAAAUAACAGGUUGCAUCUUGAUGUCCUGGCGCGUUGGGGCCUUCUGUGGUGAAAUGGUGCACGCGCAAUCGACACUCACUCAGCCUGAGAAAUGAUCCCAAAAUCUGCUUUCUGUUUGUUUCUUUCUGUUCGCCCUUUUAUUUACUUUUCUCCUUUUUUUUACCGUUCAAUUUACGGUUUAUUGCUUGAUUCAAUUGGGAACAGCACACUAUAUAUUAUAUAUAAUAUUGGGUGGAAUAAAAUUAUCCCAUUCCAUUUCUUGUGUUUAUAAAUGUUUCUUGUUGAAUUUUUGAUUGCUUUAUGUCUUUUUUUUUCUUUAUUUGUGAAACGCACAAAUAACAAAAUCGGAUUAAAAUUUAUGCGCGAUCCGCCCAUGUCGGGCGUGUGUGCCCAGCAGUUCCAAACCACACGGAUCCAGGCGGACGCUAUCGGUGAGCUUGUGGCGAUGCCAGUUGCGACCUCCGCCUUUUUGAUCAUAUCGCUUUGGCUGACCUCUAAUGAACCGCCCACCAUUCUCAGCCUUCUUCCUCAGUUUUCCCUUUAAGCUCACUCUUUUGUGCGCCCAUUUGCCGUGGUGGUUACCCCCGCAUUUUAAUCUAUUUGAUUUCCCAACGUCCAAUAAAACGAAAUUGAAGGAUCAAUCGUUUUCGGAAAAGGCUUCUUCAUCCGUCCUAACGGGCUACAUCAUGUUGUUCAGCUCCAGCAAUUGAACACAAUUCUUUGAAGUAGAGGCCUAACAAACAUCCACGAGGAGCGAUGAAAACGCGCAUGUGCACUCUCCGAAGAAGGCGCUGCUGCAAAGAAAAGCAGUGAAGGAGCAAAACAGAAAUGAGAGAGAGAGAGCAAAGAGAGGGAAUAAGGGAAGAACCCAGCGGUUGCCUGCGGAGUCGACUGCACACACACACACACACACACACACAGCUGCGGAUGGGCUGCGCUCUCCACCGAGUUUUCUAUUCUCCCUUCCACUGAAUUCGAAACAGUCUGGGCUCGUCUCUCGACCCGUGUGGAAGUCCCGUCGCGCGCUCCCUCUCGUCGCCGCUUUCUCUCUCGCUAGUUUCGUGUUUACCUGUCCGAGUGUCUAUGAAAUACUUCACCGUUUCUGUACCAUCAGACAAACAGUCCCAUCCAUUCCGGUUCAAAAGUUGGGCAGUUUCCGUCGACGGAAAUCACCGCUCGAGUCAUCUCGUAAAUCAAAAAUCAGAAAAAUUGUUAUAAUAAGAGAGCGACUAUCAGGAUAAUUGUUGCCGUGAGCGCACGCCCGCCUCUGAGUGUCUGUCAGUGUCGUCUUAUGCGUGAUGGUUACAGUCUGUCGAGAGUUUUUCAAAACGAAAAAGGGAGAAAAAGAAGUUACUGUGCUGUCAUCGUCAGCCAAUCAAGCUGCGAGUUUUCUUAACGAGCUUGGCCGGAGUCUGUGUCGCAUCGUUACCGCGCCAGAGUUCCCGACGACGACAACAACAACAACAACAGCACAACAGUAGCAACCAAACAGCGGCAGCAGCAGCUAGUAUUAGCUAUAUAGUAUUUCUCUCCCUAGACCGCCGGGCCCAAAAGUGAGUGUGCGUCUGUACGUAUAUGCGCUGAUCAGAGCGACUGGUCUGGCGUUGAAGGCUCGUCAUAAUGACUUGUCGAUGACCUUUGACACAGACUGAAGCAGCAACAGUGAUUGUGUGUGGACCGAUGGUGAUUGAUUAAACUAGGUAAUUGAAUUGUGCCUUGCUUUAUCUCUGGCCUGACACGAAACAAACAAAUCAAUAACACAGACAGACAGAUACAAACAACGUUUCGCCGUACAAGGAAGACAAGAACAAAAAAAUAGAAAGAAAAAAAAAACAAAAAACAAACAAACAAAGUAAACGGAAACCAAAUAGGCGGAAAACAAAAUGAGGAUAUCGACUAGUUAUUUCGCCGUCUUUUUCGUCGCCAUCGCUUUCCGGUGGUGUUGUUUUGCCACCGUCUUCGGCGGCGUACCUAUUUUCGAUGAAAACGUGUGGGCGCACGGUUUAGUGCCGGGCCAUUCGGAUUCGUCGGCCGGGGGAGCGCCGGCUGUCGAGGAUUACGACUACGACGGCAGCUACGAUUACGACGGCAAUCCCAAGACGAGCGCCUCCGCCAACUCGACAAGGAGCACUAGUUCCAGACCGCUGGCCAGCAGCUCGACGACAGAGGCGCCACCCGACAAACCAGGCACUCUCCGGAUGUUGAAAUCAUUGAGCAACACGACUCGCGAGAGUGGUGAAAGUGUCAAACUGCGGUGCGAGGUGUCGGGCGACCCGCCACCAAACCGCUUCCGCUGGUACAAAAACGAAGCGCCCGUCCUGGAGGAGAAAGGCCGGGUGGUCGUCCGAAAGUACCGCACCGGAUCGUCCAUCCACGGCAGCAGACUGCGCAUCUCUGACGUCGACACCCACGACACUGGCUACUACAAAUGCGAAGCCUCCAACGGCAAAGAACGCGUCGAGUCCACCGGCAUCGUCAUCGUCCGUAUGGGCACGCCAGUGGGUCAAUCGGGUCCAGUGCCAUCUUCACCCAAUUUCCAGCAGCCAUCCUUCCCGUCUUUCGGGGGAGUUCCCGUCAGUUUGCCCGGACUGCCCAAGGAUUUCGUGCCCAAAGAUCCCAAACUCCUACUUCCCAAAGAUUUCCAGCCGAACAAAGAAUUUCAUCCGAAAAUCGGCCACGAAGAUGAAGACGAAGAUGACGACCAUGGCGACGGUGACGAAGGCGACGACGAUGUUGAUCAUCCCAAUUCGUUUCCGUCGAUGCCAGGCUCCUUGCCACGCACCAACGUUGGACACGGACAAGGUCCGCUAGAAGGAUUCUGUCAAGUGUACCGCGGAGCAACGUGUUCCAAAUUUCUAGCCAAUCGCACCAUCUUCGUCCAGUCGUCUCUGACGCAAGGCAUCGUCGAGGAAAAAUUAGCGGCCGCUUUCACCGUUAUCGCACAUUCUGGGGAUCUGUCGCAAAGUUGUGCUGAAUUCGCCGUGCCGUCGCUCUGCUUCGCCGCCUUUCCGCUCUGCGACGACCAGGGGGGUAAACCCGUGCCCCGUCAGCUCUGCCGUGAUGAGUGCGAGGUAUUGGAAAACGACAUCUGCCGGAUGGAAUAUGCCGUCGCCAAGCAACAUCCGCUUAUCGGAGAACAGGUCAUGCUUCCUGAUUGUGAAAAGCUGCCGCCAAUAGGAUCCAAGGGCAGUGAGACGUGUUUCCGUAUUGGAAUUCCUCACAUGGCUCAAAUUGUGGAAGAACAAAGCUGUUACAAUGAAGAUGGCCGUGAUUACCGCGGAAUUGCGAGCCGCACGACCAGUAAGCAAGACUGCCUGCCAUGGAACCGCCAAGCGGCUGUGAAAUCUGCCGACCAUUCUGAGCUAAUCGGUGGCCACAAUUAUUGCCGUAAUCCGGGUGGUGUCGAGGUCCAACCUUGGUGUUUCGUUGCCGGAGUGGAAGGACCAAACUCUCGUCCACGCAGAGAAUUUUGUUCUUUGCCCAAAUGCUCUAUGGGUUACGACAUCAACUGGCUGUACAUAAUUAUUCCUGCCGCCGCCGUCGGAUUACUUGUGAUUGUCAUUCUCGUCGUCUGCUGCGUCCGCCGAUCGAAAUGCAAAGCCAAAAACUCAUCGGUAAUGAUCAAGGGACCGUACAGCUGUGGCGCUCCCAUACCCAAUGGGGCCGGAUCCAACAUGGCCCGUUUGGCUGGCGUUGGCGGCCAGUCUAAUCAGCAAAUGGAGAUGAAUGCUCUUUUGCCACCAAGUAGCAAUAGCAUGGUUUCGACUUUGCAAGGACAGUCGACACCCAGCCGCAUUCAUGUCCCGGAGAUCUCUUUACACGCUGUGCGGUUCCAGCACGAUCUCGGAGAAGGAGCUUUUGGCAAAGUGUACAAGGGAGAGCUAAUGCACAGCGAGGCGGGAUCGUCCCAUCGAGGCUACGCCAACGAUCAUCUGAUAAGUCCCGGUGGUGUGAUGCCCAUUGCCAUCAAGACGCUGAAAGCAAACGCUUCGGUGAAAACCCAGCAAGAUUUUCGCCGUGAAGUGGAGCUCAUGUCUGAAUUGCGUCAUCCCAAUAUCGUAUGUCUAUUAGGAGUCGUCACACGGGAUCAACCGCAAUGCAUGCUGUUUGAAUACAUGGCGCAGGGAGAUCUCCAUGAAUUUUUGGUAGCUCACUCACCGGCUGGCGAUGGUUCGGUCUCCGGAAUUGGUGCUGGAAGUGACGAUGGAACAGCGAGUACGCUGGAACAAUCGGAUUUCCUAUACAUUGCAAUUCAGAUCGCUGCCGGAAUGGAGUAUCUAGCUAGCCAUCACUACGUCCAUCGUGACUUGGCAGCAAGGAACUGUUUGAUUAGUGACAACCUGAUUGUGAAAAUAUCCGAUUUUGGUCUGUCUCGAGACAUUUACUCGUCUGAUUACUACCGUGUCCAGGGCAAAUCAAUGUUGCCUGUUCGUUGGAUGCCACCAGAAGCUAUUCUAUACGGAAAAUUCACAAUUGAAUCAGAUGUUUGGAGCUUCGGCGUUGUCCUCUGGGAAAUCUACAGUUUUGCAUUACAGCCGUAUUAUGGAUACAAUAACCAAGAUGUCAUCGACAUGGUGCGUUCUAGACAGCUACUCUCUUGCCCAUCAGAAUGCCCGUCACGAAUUUAUUCCUUGAUGAUCGAGUGCUGGUCUGAAGUUCCUCUGAGGAGGCCCACAUUCACAGAGGUUCACAACAGAUUGCGUUCGUGGGAAGGACUGGCAUCAGUUGGAGCUCCCAGCAGUUCCAUUGGAGGACCACCACCCAUCCCGGCUACUUUACCUCCCACCAAUGGGGCUAUGCUAACAAGCCGGAGUCAUUCAGGAAGCCACAGCGGAUCACAGCACUCAAGUACUGGCCCGAGCAACAAUACGGGAUCUACAAAUUUAAGUGGAGCUUCAGUUCAUCCAAUCAUAAGUGGUGGCAACUUUUAUCACCAGCCGGGAGCGCCUUACUCCCGAGGUCCCGUCAUGAGUCCCGUGCCAAGCGUUGGAGGGAAUAGCGCCAGUUCUACGUACGGCGGCACAUCUAGUGUCACAUCCAGCCUCGGAUGUCAUCCAGCGCACCAACCACAACAUCAACAACAACAAUAUCCAGUAUGCUACGCUCAGAGCAUCGUACCGGGUUUUCACUCAGCGAAUGGCAUCCGACCAAGUGGACCACCUUCUGUCAUACUUCACGGUUCCAGUAAUGGCAAUAACGGAUGGGUGGGUCGUUUCAAUACGUCCAAUGCUGCUUACAGCGGAAGCUCUGAUGGCGGGAAAAUCUGUAACCUCUAAAAGAUCAUAGUAAAAUAACAAAUGACCCAACUUUGUCUCAGUGAAACGUUGACGAAUUCGGCACAAGUUUACGGAGAAAAGAAAGAACUAGUCCCCUACAUUAUUUUAAGGAGAAGGAAACAACACAGCAGCAAAAUAUGGCUGCCCUAUCUACUCGUAUUUAUGUACAGAUCGGACUAAAAGUGUUUUGUCUUUUUUUUUCAUCGGUACGAACUUUGGUUACCAUAUAUUGUGCAGACAACUGUUUUCUACUAUUUUAUUUUCUAAUAUCGGUCAUAUCUAAAAAAAAAAUGCAUUCGCGUACGAUAACGGCUCUGUCGGCCGUUGUCGUUGCCCAAGUUUAACCUGUUCAGUUCUAUCGUAACACUUGCUGUAAAAUUACCGCUGUUCCCAAUGUUUGUAAUAGAUUGCACAAGAGCCUAUAAAAGGUUGCCCUCUU